AAGUGUAUUCUAUUUGCUUCAUUGUGCUAAAUAUUUACUAGACUGCAUUCUGAAGUACCGACCGCAGCUAAAUUGUGAGGGUUUUUAUAAUAUUUGGAUUGUCAAACCAUCAGAGUACUCAAGAGGUAGAGGUAUAGUAAUUUCUUCAAAAUUGGACUGUAUUAUGGAUAUUAUAAAUAAAACUAACCAAAAAUACGUUGUUCAAAAGUAUAUUGAAAAACCGUUGUUGAUUUAUGAUACGAAAUUUGAUAUAAGGCAACAUUAUUUAGUGACAAGUACAUACCCAUUAGUAAUUUGGAUGUACAAAGAUUGUUAUUUGAAAUUUAGUUCAAAAACAUAUACUCUCAAUAACUUACACAAAGCCAUACAUCUCACUAACCACUCAGUUCAAAAACAUUAUAAAAAUAGUGCUGAACGACACCCUGAACUUCCAAAUAGCAAUAUGUGGAAUUUAUAUAAAUACAAAUGCUACUUAAACGAAAUCGGAAAACAGAAUGUGUGGGAUAAUGUUGUAUACCCCAGUAUGAGAAAAGCAAUUAUAGGAAUAAUGUUAAGUAGCCAACAUUCUUUGGCCACUUCAAACAACCGCUUCGAGCUGUUCGGUUGUGAUUUCAUACUUGACAACGAUUUCACACCUUGGUUAAUUGAAAUCAACACGCGUCCUGAUUUGGGUCCCACGUCAGAAGUUACAGCAAACAUUUGUCCACAAGUCGUAGCUGAUAUUAUUAAAGUUGUAAUCGAUCGUGCUAACGAUCCAAAUGCUUCCACUGGUCAAUUUGAAUGUAUUUAUCAUCAAACUGUGACAAAAACAACGCAUUCUCGAGUCAAUACUUUAAAAGUAAUAGGUUCUGCGUUACAGCCGAAAUAUUUUAAUGCAGAAGAAAUGGGAUCAGAAGUUAAUUAUUGCCAUUCUUCUGGACCUAAUCGUCCAGAAUUGUUAAGUAUACUGAAUAAAUUGAAAGAUUCGGAUGAUAUCUGUUUAAAUAAAGGCGAUAAUGAAAUCGAGGGAACAAGAUUACACAUGACAAACAUAGAAUCUGAUGCUAGCACAAAAUUGAAUUACAUGAAACGUACGUCUACACAGUUUCAGAGACAUGCCCAACUCACAUAAACUCAGAUGCACUGACAGAACCCGAUAAUGGUGAUUCGGAGACUAAGAGCGACAUGGCUGAAAUCAAAUCAGACGCAAUGACAAAAAUCAGAUUGUGACGAUUGUUUAGAUGGUAAUUCAGAUGUGAAGGCAAACAACUAUGUAGCCAAUACAGAAUUACUCGCAACAAAAUCAGAUUACUGUGAUUAUUUAGAUGCUAAAUCAAAUGUGAGGACAAAUAGCUAUAGGGACAUUUGACAAAAUCAGAUUACAGCGAUUACUUGGAUACUAAUCCGAUGUGGACACAAGAAGUUUCGUGGAUAAAAUCAAAUUAGAUGCAAUUAUAAAACCCAAUUAUGGCGAUUAUUUUAACACCAAUUCAGAUGUAAAGACAACCAAAUGAUGGCUCAAACAGAACUAGAAGCAUUAACUGUACCGAAUUAUGGCGAUUAUUUGAAUACUAAUUCAGAUAUAGUGACAAAUCGUUAUAUGGCUCAAAUAGAAGUAGAUGCAUUAACAAAAGUCGAUUAUUACGAGUCUUUUAAUGAUAAUUAUUCGGAUGUGGAAACAUGCAGUUGUAUGGCUCCAAUAGGACUAGAUGGACAAAUAAAAUCCGAUUAUUGUGAGAGUUUGAAUAAUAAUUCAGUUAAUGUGGAAACA